UGGCUGCACACAACUGCUCUCCCCAUAAACAGAGAGAGACAGAGACAUAGCUGCAAAGCAGAAACAGACAUUCUGAUCCCCCAACAGAAAGGGACGGGAAACCUCACAUCAAGGUGACAUUGGCCUCCCAGCAGAAUGAAUUCCUUCUUACGAAUGAUAUUAAACAUUUUUUUAUGGCCCAAAAAAAGAAGGUCCAAGUCCAGGCUUGUCUCAAAGGACGGGAGAUGUAAUAUUGAAUUUGGCAACGUAGAAGAACAAUCAAGACUAGCCUUCUUGGCCGACAUUUGGACUACAAUCCUGGACCUCAGAUGGAGAUAUAAGAUGACCGUUUUUAUUUCAGCGUUUCUUGGAAGCUGGUUUCUAUUUGGCUUGCUCUGGUACGCAGUAGCGUACUUACACAAGGACCUUCCAGAGUUUAAUCCACCUAUAAACCACACUCCAUGUGUAGAAAAUAUUAACGGGAUGACUUCAUCCUUUCUCUUCUCUCUUGAAACGCAGGUAACUAUUGGCUAUGGAUUCCGAUGUGUGACCGAGCAAUGCGGCAUGGCAAUUUUCCUACUGAUCAUUCAAUCCAUUCUGGGAGUCAUAAUUAACUCGUUCAUGUGUGGAGCUAUCCUGGCCAAAAUUUCACGACCCAAGAAAAGAGGUAAAACCAUCACUUUCAGCAAAUAUGCAGUCAUCAGCAAAAGGGCCGGAAAGCUCUGCCUACUUAUCAGAGUGGCCAACCUCAGGAAGAGCUUAUUAAUCGGCGGUCACAUCUACGGUAAACUAAUGAAAACCACAGUUACACCUGAAGGAGAAACCAUUAUCUUGGACCAAGUUAAUAUUGAAUUUAUUGUGGAUGCGGGAAAUGAAAAUCUAUUUUUUGUCUCCCCACUGACCAUCUAUCACGUAAUUGAUAAAACCAGUCCGUUCUUUGAAAUGUCAUCCGAUACCUUAAUGCAACAUGAAUUUGAACUUGUGGUUUUCUUAGAUGGAACCGUGGAAGCAACGAGUGCUACUUGCCAAGUGCGCACAUCCUACACCCCUGACGAGGUUUUCUGGGGGUAUCGUUUUGCACCCAUUGUAUCCAAAACCAAGGAAGGCAAAUAUCGCAUAGAUUUUUCCAACUUCAGUAAAACAGUGGAGGUGAAUACUCCACACUGCGCUUUUUGUCUCUACAAUGAGAAGGAAGCCAGGACAAAGGCAAAUAAAGGCUAUGAUAACCCCAGCUUUGUCCUCACAGAACAAAACGAACCCAAUGACACAAAAAUGUAGCCUUACAAGACACUUAAGGCAUUCAAAGCAUACAAAUCUGUAUUAUUUCCAUAAAACAGACUAUUACAGUACAAAAAUGACUGUGAUUAUACAAGUGAAUUCUCCAUGAGAAAGUAGAAAUAGCAUAAUAAUCAUAAUAUGUAAAGUGUAUUAGAAUAGUGAGUUCAUCCUAGAAUUCUGCUAACCAGCUGCCUUUAAAUAAACACAGUAAUAACAAAACGUAUAAAAGUUUAGUUUUUUAGCGCAAGGAUUAUUUUGAUGCAUAUUAACAGCAUUUGUGUGUAGCAUAUGUAUUGUAAGACUGGAUAAGGCAGCUACAGAAUGUACGCUUACAUGUCAUGAUAUGAGACACGGUAACGUGCUGGGUACAUGGACAGGUCAUUUUACCAGACACAAAUU